AUGGCGUCAACAGAAAAUGUCGACUCUGCUCACUUGGAACUGACAGAAGUUGAGUCCAAGCUCAGACAACUUCUGCUCGACGUGGCUGCUUACAUCGACCAAGCACCCUCAAGUGGAGAUGUCACUGGAGUACAGGUUCCAGAAGAGCUAGUCAAGGAGAAGAUUGUGCUGCGUUGGACUGGAGGCUGGGUUCGAGAUAAGCUUCUGAAAGUUGGCAGCCAUGAUAUCGAUGUUGCCAUCAACAAAAUGACUGGCGAGCAUUUUGGCUUGAAAAUGCAAGAAUAUCUUGAGAUCCCUGGCAACGCUGAGAAGCAUGGUCUUGUCGAGAAAGACGAUGGCCUUAGUCCACGCGACAAGACGAAGAGGAUUGCACCAGGCCUGCACAAGAUUGAAGCGAACCCUGAAAAGUCAAAGAACCUUGAGACUGCCACGACCAAGAUUAUGGGCAUCGAUUUGGACCUUGUCAAUCUCAGGAAAGAGACUUACAACGAAGUCUCUCGUAAUCCAGAGAUGGAGUUUGGCACAGCCGAAGAGGACGCCAUGCGGCGCGAUGCUACUGUCAACGCCAUGUUCUACAAUCUCCACACCUGUCAAGUCGAAGACUUUACUGGACGCGGACAUGAAGACAUGGCUGCCAAGACCAUCCGCACUCCGCUCGAGCCAUAUCAGACCUUCAAAGACGAUCCGCUACGAGUAUUGCGUCUGAUCCGCUUCGCUAGCCGACUUGACUACACGAUUGAGCCAGAGACUGCCAAGGCUAUAGGCAAUGUAGAAAUACAAGAGGUCUUGAAGAUCAAGAUUAGUCGCGAGCGAGUUGGCAUAGAGCUCGAGAAGAUGCUGAGGGGUCCCAGACCACGUAUGGCUCUGGAGCUCAUCGAUCGUUUUGGUCUCUACAGGACUGUCUUCACAGAUCCUACCCGCGAACUACCUUCUGAUCCGGAAACAGCCUACUUCAAGCUGGCGUACGAUUUUGCUGAGUCGGCUGUCAUGAAGGACGCUAGCUUGCCUUCUACUAUCCCAGAGACUCUACUGAGAAACGAGGAAGAGAAAUAUCUGGCAUGGAUUUGCGCGACCAUGAUGCCCUGGGUCGAUGCGCCAACAAUACCUCACCAAAAGCCGUUACAGCGACCCUACUUUGCUGCUUAUCUAGUGGCUCGCGAAGGUUUCAAAGCACCUAACAAGAUCUGCGACGUCAUUGCUUCUUCUUUGAGCAACAGUGAAGAAAUUCGCAGCGUCGUCGCUCAAUGCGCCAAAGGCCUUGGAAGACCAGACACCAUCAACCCAACGAACGACGCGACUGCUAGAGAUACUCUGGGCAUGGCUAUCCGUCGUUGGGGUUCGACAUGGAGGACGCAAGUCUUUUUCAAUCUUGUCUACGAGAUUGUGCUCGGACGAGUGUCAAGAGAUGAUCUUCUUCGCUCGUAUCAAAGCUUCCUUGACCGCAUUGUCGAGCUCAAACUCCUCGACGUCGACACCUUCAGACCUCUUCUCAAAGGUACAGACCUUGCCAAAGCACUUGGUACCAAGCCCGGCCCUUGGAUGAAAGAUGCGCUCGACGUAGUCAUGGCCUGGCAGCUACGCAACCCCAAUGUUACCGACUCUACCGCAGCCAUCGAGGCUGUGAAGGUUUCUAGGGCUGAAAAAACUGAUAGUGAGCUUUCCCUUCGCCUGGCAUCACACUUUCUUCAGCUUACCAUCCCACCUCUCUUUCCGCAGAAUAAGCCUACAUCAAAUGCGCUAGAAGCCUCACGGCAACCAGCCCCUUGGAAAGACUCUGUAAAUCAGUAUGCCUUGGAUUUGCUGGGAUGGACAAUAAGUGUGCUGGAUCCGAAGACAAUAGAAGCAAAAUGGCACUUGCUGAUGCCCCCAAUACUGAAGAUGAUGGAUGAUGUUGCAACGGAGUGGAAAGCGCGAGGCUGCCACAUGCUCGGCCUGUUACUUGAGAAUCUACACCAGACGGUCGUGGCGGGCGGUACGAACAAGCCAAUUGCCGGCCAGGAUUCCACAAAGUUCCUGCACCGCACUGGAUACCACAAUAUCUUUGCUGAGGCUCUGCUACCCAUGUUCACAUAUAUCCCUUCUAUCACACCGGAAGCCGAGUCUGUCACGCUCUUGAAAGAGGUGUUCCCCACUGUGACUAUUCUUGCUCAGCUUCUUCCGGCAGACACCGACAAAGGCGACUCUCGGGAGCGUUUCUUGGAUAAGAUCCUUCGUGAAGGAGUCCUCUCCCCUCUAGCACAUUUUCCUAGGCCGUCGUCGUACGCAGAGUUGGCCACAUUGAUCAUGUCACACGUCCCUGUUCUACUAGGCCUCAUGGGCAUUGGUACAGUCAAACACCUCCCCGACCUUGUGCCCCUGCUCUCAAUCAUAUUACAGGAGCCAUUGGAAUUUAGCCACAAGCCUCUCCUUCUCUCGACGUUGAAGGCAUCACAGAGUGUACAGCUCAACGCAUGGCCAAGGCUGCCUGCUCACAGAGGAACAAUCAUGAUGGGGAUGUGUCUGCUCUGGAGCAGAUGUAUAGAGCGUCAGAAAAUGACAAACGGCGAAGACAUCAAGCAUUUGAUGUCCGAAAUACAGGAAUCAGUGGCUAUGCUUGACGCUAUCAUGCAGGCUGCCGAGACGGAUGGACUUGGUGAAGCCUGGGAGAAGGAAAAGCAGGGCGUAAUGCAGGCAUCGCCUGGAUUUGAGGAGCUAUUCGAGAAGUGUAUGACUGAGUGA